AUGGAGGCGUUCUAUUUGUGGUGGGUGAAUGGCCAGAAGCAAACUUUGCUCAUGCUCAACCAAAUACUGAGAUGGCUGAAGAAACCAAAGGUACUGAGAAUCAUAUGUCUUGCUUCAUCUGUAAUUGGACUGCUCUGUUAUGCACUCAGUUCCUCUUUCCACUUUUUACUGGGAAACUGGAGGUGCUGGAAGAUGCUUCUAUAUAUGGUUUUCCGUUUCAUCGUUUUCCUUGUCGUCUUGUUCUCAAAGGCAAGGUCGAGUUCCAUUUCUCUCCCGUUGGAAUCUCGUUUAGUGUUUUUGGUUGUCAUAAUCACUUCCGUUUAUUCCUUUUUUUAUGAUAACGUGGUGAAGGGUAAACCUGAUGCAUACAGUUUGAUCUCUUGUGCUGCUUUUGCUAUCAUGUCGCUUGGCUUGUCAAAUCUCACCCAAUUUGGAUUCCAAGUUGAUCUAGUACAUUUCUUCUGCGCAUGUCUAAUAAUACAGCUCAUGAAGAUCAAAUUGUGGUUAGUCAUUGUUGGAGCAGGUUUCACUUAUUCCCUUCUCCUGCUUCCAGACCAUCCGCGUGACACACAAGAGGAGAAUCUUCAGCUCCAGGAACAAAAUCAAGUAAUCAUUCAAGUUGAUGACAUCGAGAGUCAAGAUAUCAUGUCACAACAAGCUAAUUCUGAUGUUCAUAGUACUCUAGGUACCUCACUAGAAGACGGGGAUCUUAGAAAAAGCGAUUCACAUCCACAAGAUGCUGAUCUUAUCAUCCAACAACUCAAGAAUUGCAUAAAGAAGCUUGAGAAGGAGAAUCAGAUGCUCGCUCCCAUGGUUUGCAGUGAGGUGGACAAAUACCUUAAAGCCGUGUCUGACUCCAAAGAAGUACCACAGCCUGACGUCAACUUGGUGAGGGAUGCACUUCCACCAGGAAUUAGUACGCGCCUUAAGGAAACCCUGAAGCAGAUGGUGGAUGCAGGUUUGGAUGAGGAAUGCAGCGACAUUUACAGUAAAUGGCGAAGGGAGUUUCUAGAAGAUUGUCUGCGCGUACUAGGGUUACAAUUUCAAACGCCCAAUACUGAGGAUGUUCAGAUGUGGUUAAAAACAUGCAAGGCAGCUGGGAAGAUACUUUUUCCCAUUGAAAGGAGGCUCUGCGAUGACCUCUUUUCAGGGCUCUCUGUUGCGGAUGUCUCCUUCGAGAAGGUUUGCAAGGAACUGACAAUUGGUCUAGUGAGUUUUGCCUAUACCACCAUAACAACUUGGAGCUAUUUGCCAAAUCUUUUGUUGGAAGUCGUCCCUAAAAUGUCGGAGUCAUUGCGCGAGCUGAUCGUCUCACAAAAUUCGUUUCACGAAUUGUCGUUCGUAGAUGCUCACGAAGAUGACAUUCGUUCAAGAUUGGUUAUUUCAAACAAGGUGAAGAAUAAAGAAAAUGUGAUAGGUGCUAAAUCAUGUGCAAUAAAAGAUUUGUUGAAGAGCUCAGUGACUCACUUAGACAAUCUUAUGAAGGAAGUCAUGUUAAAAAGUGUCAUGAAGGAAACCUCAAAGAAUUUCGUGAAAGGGAUCCCGUUGAAGAGUCUUAUGAAGGAUGUCUCAUUGAAGAGUCUCUUGAAGGAAACUUCGUUGAAGAGUCUCCUGAAGGGAGGUCUAUUGAAAAGUGAUGGAGGGGGUCUCGUUGAAGAGAUUCAUGAAAAAAGCCUCAUUGAAGAGAUUCAUGAAGGAAGCCUCUUUGAAGAGUCUCGUGAAGGAAGCCUCAUCGAAGAGAUUCAUGUAGGAAGUCUCGUUGAAGAGUCUCAUAAAGGAAGCCUCGAGUCUGAUGAAAAAAGUCCUGUUGAAGAAUUUCAUGAAGAAAGCCACGUCAAAGAGUCUCAUAAAGGGGCCCCUGUUGGAGAGUCUCAUGAAGGAAGCCCCAUCACAGAGCCUCAUGAAGAGGAUCUCGUUGAAGAGUCUCAUGAAGGGGGCUCCGUUGAAGAGUCUCAAAAAAGAAACCCAUUGCAAAUUUUCAUGAAAAAAGCCCACUUGAAGACUAAAGCAAGAAGGGUAGGGUUUGGAUGA